CAAAUUUCAUCAUUCAAACCUUAGCAUUUCAAAUAAUCAUACAGUCGAACACGCGCGCACAACUAUUAGAAGUUUUCAUUUGAAUUAUUAGUAAUUAGCACCUGCGGAAGCUAUCAUAUACGGAUUAAGGCAAUUGUGCGCAUCCAAUCGUCAGACUUUAGUGCUCUCUGUGUAAAUCCUUAAGUGUGCCUAUAAUCUAUUAUUUGACAAGGUUCAAUAUGGUGACAAGUAGACGUUCCUCUAAAGGCGCAAAGUUGUUACCACCGACUCUUGGCAGACGACAUUUUCAAUGUUUGUUGUUAUUUGUCGGAUUCGCGGCAGCGUUUGCAAUGCGUGUUAAUCUCUCUGUGGCAAUUGUGGCGAUGAUGGACCGCAAAACGGCGAAUCCAGACUUCCCGGAAUAUCAGUGGUCAGAAGAAAUUAAAGCGCGUAUACUUAGCAGCUUUUUCUGGGGCUACAUUUGCACACAAAUUCCAGGCGGCAUACUGGCGCGACGUUUCGGCGGCAAGGUGAUGUUACUGUCCAGUAUCUCUAUAAGCAGCACAAUGGCGUUACUCACGCCGCUCGGCGUUCAGUUCGGCGGCUGGAAGUUACUCUGUUUCAUGCGUUUCCUGCAGGGUUUCGGGCAGGGUGUAACGGUACCUUCAAUGCACACUCUACUUGCCAAAUGGGCACCAGUGACGGAGCGUGGCUCACUAGCCACAUACAGCUAUUCGGGCUCACAAUUCGGCACUGUUAUCAUGUUAGCUUCAAGUGGCGUACUCGCCUCCUCCAAGCUUGGUUGGCCUAGUUGUUUCUAUAUACCUGGCAGCUUAGGUCUACUUUGGACUGUACUGUGGAUAAUAUAUGGUGCAAGCUCACCCAGCGAAUGUACAAAGAUCAGUGUGGCUGAACGUGAACUAAUCGAAGGCUCUCAAGUGCACACUGUCAAAUCGAGUGCUGACGGUAAGCCGAAUUUGCCCGUACCAUGGAGGCGUAUAUUCACCUCCGUACCAUUCUUGGUUUUAAUGGCCACACAUUGUGCCUCUACAUGGUGUUUCUGGACGCUGCUCACUCAGAUACCCACCUACAUGAAAAGUGUGCUCGGCAAGGAUAUUAAAAGUAAUGCUGUACUUUCGGCUCUUCCCUACUUUACGAUGUUGAUUUUGGGCUUGGCAUGUGGGCCGCUAAGUGAUUUCCUGGAGAAGGGCAGGCAUUUGAGUGCGACGACGAGCCGAAAGAUUUUUAAUACCAUUGGUCAAUGGGUGCCGGUGCUAACGUUGAUUUGGUUGGGUUAUAUAACGCGCGAUCAAGCAGAUUUAGCAGUAUUUUUACUCACAUUCACAGUGAGCAUAAGCACAACGAUGCAUUUGGGUUGGCAAGUGAACCACAUUGAUUUGGCGCCAAACUUUGCCGGCACUUUAGUGAGUCUGACCAACUGCGCGGCGAAUGUUUGCAGCAUAAUAGCACCGUUAGUGGUGGGUUUUGUUGUCACCGACACGAGCAAUCCUCACCAAUGGCGCAUUAUAUUCUUCAUAGUCGCCGGCAUUAACUUUUUGGGUAAUCUGAUGUUUAUUCUAUUCGGCACAGCUAAAGUGCAGCCUUGGAACUUUGAACAUGAUCCAGUUGUUCAGGAAACAAAAGUCGCAGACGAAGAGAAGGCGUCUGAACUCAAACCGCUUAACGAGGAUGAAGAUGGCGAUGUGCCAAUCACGAGAGCGGAAUCGCAGUUCUCACUUAAUUAGUAUUUAUGAAUGAAUAUUUUGCAA